AUGAAAGAAAAAGGUGGUCUGCCAGACCUGUCAGUCAAUUUGCCAAAUUCUAGAUUUCCUAAAUACCCGCAAUCUCGAAAAGGGAACUUAAGCCAGAAUUCCAAUCCUGGUGAUGAUGAUAUUGGUAUAAUUAAGAAAAACGCAAUAGGCAUUGCCUUAGUACAAAACUUACCAAUAGCCAUAAUAUUUUUACCAGCAACCGACAUAGCAAAAUUUGUUGAAGGAAAUGCAGACUUGGGCAUAACAGGUCAAGAUAUGGUUGCAGAGUCAUUAAUGUCUGAAAAAGUUGAAGAAAUAAUUGAAUUGGAAUUUGGCAAAUGUAAGCUUCAAACACAAGCACCCGUCAGAAAUCAAAUCAAAGAUGUUAAAGAGUUGAGGAAAGAACUGCUGGAAAAAAAACUAAAAUUGAGUACAUUAGUGGCUUCUUGUGUUCUUGGUUUGGCUGGUGCAAUUGGUACUAUGAAAUUAAAAGCAAUCCUAAUCAAGAACAAACGUCCAAAAAAUCCAUCAUUGAUCACAUCAUGUGUAAAAGGUGUUGUUGCAGCAAAAAAAUAUGUAUUGGUGGAUUAUUAUAAUAUUGAACGAAUAAAUCUGAAACAAGCUGCAAAAAUUACACCAGGUAGACAAGCUCUGAUGAUAAGUCUGUUAGAGGAUGUUAAUUGGAUUGAGGUACAAAGUAUGGUUUGUAGAGAAGAGGUUGCAAAUGUUAUGGAUAAAUUGGAAGAAAUUGGUGCUACAGAUAUCUUGGUUUUCAAUUUUGAUAAUUGUAGAGUCUAA